AGACUGUAUCGGGAGUCUGUUUCAGCUCUCAGUCUGAACUGCCACCAAGAGUUUUCUUCAAUAUCACGUCGACAAGGGCAAGACUCGUGGUCAUUUAGACACUGCAAGCAAUUAUGACAUGGGAUGUGUGAAUACUGACAUACGUGGCAUUCUUUGUCGCUAUAUGCUACCACACGUUGUAUGCAUCGCCAUGGAUAUUCCUUCCCCUUGCAUUUUAUGCCGCAGAUGUUUUAUUGCGUCUAUUCUGCUAUCGAAUCAAGGACGCCAACUUACUACACAAGACGCUCACAUGACUUUGAUCCGCGUUCAUAAUUGUCACAGUGACGAUGACUGGCUUGCUGGCCAGCAUGUCGGACUGCGCAUUUUCUUCUGCAACAAAGACAAAGUGUUUGAAUCCCACGACUUUUUCCUCGGCGCCACCUUCCUACUUGUGCCUAUCCUCACCCAGGUUCCUUCUCGCUGCACAAAGCGAUGGGACUGGACACGUGUGUCAAGCUAGACUGCAGUCAGGGGGUAACGAACUCAGAGAAUCAAAUUCAUUUGGUACUCAUCAGAUCUUUCGGUCAGAUAGAAUGGUGUACUCUGAUGCUGAUGGAUAUUGCUACGGCAGCGUCUAAUAGCACGAUGACCUGCACAUUCCUAUUUUCGUAACGUAUCUUUGCGAUCGAGAAGCGGUCAUAUCGAUAUCCCCAACUCCGUCGUCUCACUCUCACGUCAGAAUCUUCUCAAGGACUUCAUCA